AUGGCGCCCCACGAGUGCACUCCUUCCUGCAUCGUGUGCGGUGGGGCUCAUCUUACGGACUCGCAAGACUGCACAGCCAAAUUUCGACGGCUGCAACAACCGGGCAAGCCGACCGAUCAACGAACCCAACCUCGGACUGCAGUGCCCUCGGGUUCUGACACCACUUCAAAAGCUCCCACGACUAGCAAGACGAGGACGAAAGGCACAACUGUACCAGUGCCACCAGCGGGCACCGUGCCUGGACGUGCCCCCAAGCCACCUCAGUCAACUAACCCGAAAGCGUCACGGAAUACAGGCGCCCCUGCAUUCCAAGACGGGGACUUUCCGGUUCUCGAAGGCCCUACGUCUGGCACACCAAAGAAUACGUCUCAGCCCAAGGUAGGCAGACGAGACGGGCCUCCUCCGCCUCCCCGCACUCCCCUACCUUCUCCUCCACCAAAGAUCCCUCCUCAUCCCCCCCUUAAUUCUGACAUCGCGACCCUUCGCCGCGAGCUCGAGACUCUCCGGGCACAAAAUGCUGACCUUAACGCCAACAUUCAUGCGCUAGAAACGGCUCGGUCCUCCCCGCCCCCUGCCCAUGUAGCUCCGGAACCGAUGCAAGUGGUGCAUGCGGACCUGACACCAUCUAGCUAUGACGCGCGUUGCACUGCCCUCGAAAACGCCCUUGCCGAAUUAACGGCUCAGAUAUCAAAUUUUGGCCAAAUUCAAGACAGCCUUCUCAAGGCGGUCACAGCUACGGUUACGGCCGCCGUGACGGCCAACAUUAAGACGUGGCUAGAGUCAAACCCCCGGAUUUUCCGCCGAACGGGACCCCUCAAAGACGCGAACCGCCCAUCAAAAUUCACCCGGCCCAUCGAUCUAACCGAACCCUCGGAGGAGCCGGAAUCGCUCCAGCUGCAGGUGACGGAACCUGGACCGGCUCUCCAAGGCGAUCUCCCUUCAAAUCAACAUGGCUGCGUCCCCUCCCAAUCAACUCCCUAG